AUGUACUUCGUCUCUGCAGCCAAGGCCCUCGUGGCCGCCGCUGUCUUUACAGCCGUCACUGCUCACAACAUCGUCCUGCCCGCCCACGGUCGAGAAUGUUUCCAUGAGUCCCUCCACAAGGAUGACACCAUGACCGUUACCUUCCAGGUUGGCGAUCGUGAAUUUGGUAGCGCAGGCAACCUCGAUAUCGACUUCUGGAUCACCAACCCCAGUGGACAAUACGAGACAAACGAGAAGAGUAUCUCCAACGGUGACUACUCAUUCACAGCCAAGCACGACGGUAAAUACCUUUACUGCUUCGGUAACGAGGCUUGGGGUGCCAACACGAAAGAGGUCUCCUUCAACGUCCAUGGAAUUGUCUACGUGAGCGAGCAUGAGAUGCCCGCCGACCCUCUCGACCGUGAAGUCCGCAAACUGUCCGAUCUCCUUGCCCAAGUCAAGGACGAGCAAGAGUAUAUCGUUAUCCGUGAGCGCACUCACCGAAACACCGCCGAGAGCACAAACAGCCGAGUCAAGUGGUGGAACAUGUUUGUUAUUGGUGUCGUCAUUGGCGAGUCCCUCUUUCAGGUCUGGUGGCUGCGACGCUUCUUCGAGGUCAAGCGUGUGGUCUAA